AUGGCUGCGUAUCACCGUUUUAAAGCUAGUCAGCGCCAACAGACGCACUUGAUCUCCGGCGCUAGUAACGAUUCAACAUCCCAGAAGACUCUGUUCCGUUAUGUGGAGUCCGGAGACCGGUCCUCUGGGGGUGGAAAAACAACUACGGACAAGGGCCCUAUCCUGUAUUCUCAAGACACCACUCGACGUCCUCAGUUCUCCUUCGGCAGUCCCAGUACGUCAACCGAUCGUCAGGCUUCCUCGUCACCACCUGUGAUUAUAUCUCACAUAAAGGCUACGCCAUUCAAAUUCGGAGCUCCUGCCGUGCCCCAAACAACCGCAUCUGCAGUACCAAACUUUUCUUUCGGUGCCGACAGUGCGUCUACAGCUUCGUCAGUCACCUCCCAGUCCCCUGCAUUCAGUUUCUCUGCCUUUCCGACUACCUCUACGCCCGUGCUAAAUAAACCUAUUACGGAAAGUAAGUCGGGCAAUCCCAUCGUAUCCGCGUCCGCUAACUUUACUCUUGGUUUUAAGUCGGCUAAUUUCUCUGUUGUAAAGCCAUCCACCUCCCUGGCAUACGGAUUAUCACCUAAGCCAGUGGACUCGGCCGUGAACACUUCAGCUGGUUCGGCAUCAAACGGGACCCAACCUGCCUUGCCAGCAUCUAAUUCAUUGUUUGGACAAAUCAAAUUUGGAAGUACUUCGUCUGCGCCCGCGAGUAACCUGAACGGAAUUCCAUCUACAUCCAACUCAGCGAACUCCGUGGCACCUACGUUCGUUUUUGGUGCUACAAUGAAAGAGAACGUUACGCCGCCAAUUGGAUUAAAUUCUCAAACAGGUACUCUCUUCGCGAAACCGCCCAGCGCAGCCUCUACUCCAGCAACUAAUCAGCCGACUGCACCCUUUAAGUUUGGUGACGCCAACCAACCUGCUGCACCCUUCAAGUUUGGUGACGCCAACCAACCUGCACCCUUCAAGUCUGGGGACGCGAACCAGCCUGCACCCUUUUUGUUCAAUGCCUCAAGUAACAGGAGCACUGGAGGAGCAGUCUUUUCUAAUCCUCCUGAACCCUGUCUUAUCGAACCAUGUUACAUAUUUUAUCCCUGGAAAAAAACUGUAGGAGAAAUUGUUCCGCCCGACUGCUGUUUCAAAAUUUUAUUAGACAACUGUUCUCCGACUCUGGUUUUGUACGGAUUGGGUGGCCUCCCAGACUUCGGAGUUGCACUUAUUGGCUUCUGA